AUGCCUUCCAUUCCGCAACUCUCGCUUUUGCGUAGGUCGCUGUUGUCGUCGGUCGAGAGCGCCAGCUCUGGCGGCAACCGUAGGCAGAAUGUCCAGUGGGUAGAGGGUGUUCGUGGUGUCGCCUCGUUCUUCGUCGUCGUCACCCAUCUCUGCAGAUCCUGGGACUACAGUCUCUGGUUUCCACGCGAUAGCGAAACCGCAGAUCCCCAACUCCUCCAAUUGCCAUUCCUGCGUUUGCCAUGGCAGGGCCGUAUCGGAGUCACAAUGUUUGCCUUCCUAACAGGCUAUGUUUGCGCCCUCAAACCUCUCCGCCAGCUUAAAUCCGGAAACAUGGCCGGUGCUAUGACGACCCUCGGAAAAUCCGCAUUCCGACGUCCGCCGCGGUUUAUCAUGCCCGCAACCAUCGCCAUGUUUCUGGCUUGGUUCCUCGCUCAGAUCGGCGGCUUCAAGGUCUCUCAGCGCUGCGACGCUCGCUGGCUGCGCUCUUCCAGUCCCUCCGAUGUUGGUACCAUCACGGAGGAGAUUUAUAGAUUCUUCCAAGCCUUUCAGCAGCAAUGGUCGAAUGGACACAACCCUUACGAUGAUCACCAGUGGGCCCUUUUGCCCUUGCUUCAAGGCGCCUUCCUUAUCUACGUCACCCUUUUCGCGACCCUCUUCAUGAAGUUCCGCUACCGGAUCUUCACCCUCACCGUCCUGCUUUGGUGGUUCUGGUCCGUCCCCAAGCCAUUCAAGGAGACCUUCGAGUGCCAGUUCAUCUACGGCAUUUUGCUGUGCGAUAUCGGAUCCGAUACCAAAUUCCGCGAUGUCGUCAACAGCUGGGUCAAGACUCGCCGCUUCGUCCAAACCUUCUGCAUCAUCCUCGGAUGGUACGUUGCCGGAUACCCAGGAGAGCGUGGAGAUUGGGCUGAGUGGUCCCGCCAAUUGACGUACAUUGGCGAGUAUAUCUUCCCACAGGGAAUGAACGAUCAGCCCAGGAGGUGGACUGCUGCGGGCUGGAUGCUCAUGGUUACUGGCAUCUGGCUGUCCCCCACUCUUCAGGCCAUUCUCUCCAACAAACUCUUCAUGUGGAUCGGACGCAACAGUUUCGCCGUUUACCUCACCCACGGAACCAUCCUUCGAGUCGUCGCCGCACGCUUUGUAUAUGGCUUCUCCGGAGAGCCUUUCAUUGUCGAGAAGAACGAGAAGGGCGAGGAUGUCUUCCACUGGCUUCCCCGCGGCGGACCUCUCACCUUCACCAUCGCCAUCCCCGCCUUUUUCGUCGUCACCUACACAGUCGCACACCUCUGGACGACCUACGUGGACUCGAUGUGUGCAAGGGCGACCGUGUGGUUGGAGAAGACCAUGUUCGAGGACGAGGAUGAGAAGCGCAUGAUGCAACUGCCAUAA